AACGCCGCUUACCGAGGCCGUUGCCGGUGGCUCAGGAUACGUCGUCCUGCCGCCGUAUCAAGGACCGGAACGCGUUUUUCCCGGUGGUGUUUCUCCGCGCUCGCGUCGCAACAAGAUGCGGCAGUUUCAGUGGUGCAUGGGCAUCACCUUUAUGUGAGUGCGAGAACAUCAUAUGUCGGACAUCUACAGAAGUUGGGUUAAAAGUACUGAAUCUAAAAAGAGCGAUUGUAAUUACCGCCCUGUGCCUGGCCCUGGUGUACAGCGAUUCCCUUGGUGGUGCGGAUGGGGGUCCCAGUUUUUUCUUCGGCGUCAAUGGAUCGGAAAUCGAGUUGCCGCCCAACCAACCUCUGCCAGACGAACCGGCGGCUUAUUGGGCCCUGCAACAGGCGGCACUAGGUCACCAUGAUGGCGCCCAGGCGGUUAGCGCAGGGAUCAAAGCUCUAGGGGAUCGGGAAAUACUGGAGGAAGGCUUGCAGCCUAACGAGGUGAAUACGCCGGCCUUCCGACACUAUCGAUCCCUGAGCACGAAUCCAGAGGCAAGAAAACUGGCACGACGUGGUUAUGUGGAGAACCAGGCCACUCUGGAUAUAGCCAAGAGAUUCAACUACACCAAGCAGCCAGGACGCAGCAAUAUCGGCUGGGGACCUAAGAUAGUCCUGCCUGAUCCCACGGUUCUCCGAUUGGAUUGCGAUUUUAAUGCCCGCUAUAGAAGAUCCACGGGGGUUUGCAACAACAAAGAACAUCCCAGGACGUAUGGAGCCUCCAUGGUUCCUUACCGUCGCAUGGUGUCUCCAGAUUAUGCCGACGGUAUUGCAGCUCCCCGAGUUAGUCAUCAUGGACGCCUGCCGCCGGCUCGUCAGGUCUCCCUAAAGAUCCACCGUUCCAGCUACGAGACGGACUCGAAUUUCACCGUGAUGCUGGCCGUUUUUGGCCAGUUCAUGGACCACGACAUUACAGCCACUUCACUUACCACCUCGCAGGAGGGUGAGUCCAUCGAUUGCUGUGUGGCUGCCACACGUGAGCAGCAUCCGGAAUGCUUUCCCGUGGACAUCCUGCCCGACGAUCCGUACUACAAGCAGUACAACAUUAGUUGCAUGAACUUCGUGAGGUCCGCUCCCGCGCCCACGGGAAGAUUCGGUCCACGGAUGCAACUGAACCAGGCCACGGCCUUCAUUGAUGCCUCCGUGGUGUACGGCAAUCUGGAGCAGCGGCAGAAUCAGCUGCGCAGUUUCAUAAACGGAUCUCUGCGGAUGUAUCUCACGGAUGAUGGUCGCCAGUUGCUGCCCAUCUCCUCGAAUCCGUCGGAUGGUUGUAAUCGAGUGCAGAUGACCCGACUGGGAAAGUACUGCUUUGAGUCUGGCGAUGAUCGGGCCAAUGAGAACCUGCUGCUCACAUCCAUGCACCUGCUGUGGGCCAGGCAUCACAAUUACUUGGCUCGGCAACUGCAGGAGGAAAAUCCCCACUGGGAAGAUGAGCAGCUUUACCAGGAGGCUCGCAAGAUUCUAGGUGCCCAAAUGGCGCACAUCACCUACAAUGAGUUUCUGCCAGUGCUGCUGGGAAGGAAUCUCAGCGAGGCCAAGGGUUUGCUGCCGGCCAAGGAUAAUCUCGAUGCUCCGGACACUUAUGACCCGGAAGUGGAUCCGAGUAUUGCGAACUGCUUUGCAGCAGCCGCUUUCCGCUUCGCACAUACGCUUCUACCGGGAUUGUUUAAUGUCUCGCGGGAUAAUAGUACUCCCGAGGCCAUAGAGCUUCACAAGAUGCUUUUUAAUCCCUUCUCCCUCUGGGCGGAGCAUGGGAUUGACCACGCCCUAAUGACGGCGGCCAAUACGCCGGUAAUGCAAGUGGAUCGCUUUUUUUCGCUGGAGGUUACUCAGAAGCUUUUCGAAGGAACCGCCGAGGAUAAGGUGCCUCUGUGCGGUCUGGACUUGGUCUCGCUGAACAUUCAAAGGGGUCGGGACCAUGGGAUACCCUCGUACCCGGUCUUCCGGCGUCACUGUCGCCUUUCACCAGUGGACACGUGGGAGCAGAUGUCCCAGGCCAUAGACAACGCUACUUUGGAGACCAUCAGGCAGAUUUAUGAAUCUCCGCAGGAUGUGGACGUUUACACGGGUGCUCUUAGUGAACCACCACUGGGAGGAGCAAUCUUUGGUCCGCUCCUCAGCUGCAUGGUAUCGGAUCAGUUCCUACGCCUCAAACUGGGCGACUCCCAUUGGUACGAGCGGAAGAUGGGGCCACAGAAGUUCACCAAAGCCCAACUAGCGGAGAUUUACAAAACCAGUCUGGCAGCCAUCAUCUGUCGCAAUUCCGAUGGUAUAACCACAGUGAGAAAACACGUAAUGCAGCGACUGCAUGAUAAAGGCAAUCCCCAAGUGAACUGCCAGGAUUUAGAGGGAUUCAACUUCAAUUUUGAGCCCUGGUCAGAGGACAAAAAACCGAGGGAACUGCACAGUACAGGAAUAAGUAGGGGAUCCUCUUCAGUGCGGGUAAUGUCCAAUAACACGGUCAAGGGAACCCAUAGGACAGCCAAUGUAACUCUUCAUAUUGAUAAGGGUAUCUGAUUUUAUAGGAGAAAGCAGUAAGUCACCUAAGAAAAUACAGCUAUACAGUAAGGGUGAAAAUAAUCCUAAUGAAAAAAUUCAUAUCAUGAAAAAUUAAUUUAAUUUAUUUUUAAGCCAUGAGGACAAGAAGAUCGACCAUUAUUACAAACUAAGAUUCCUACGUAAAUCACCUUCGACUGUCAAGAUUUAUAAAAUAAAUGUAAA